AUGGAGGGCCUUUCAUCUACCUCUUUGUUGUGGUUAUAUGCCUUUACCGUAUAUCACAUUUAUUUACUUAUUUUUAAUUUACCGCUGGUCACUGUUACGGUGACUGUUAGAAAAUAUUUCCCGCUGUGGGAUAUGUCUGACCAGAUGCGGCGGCUCAGGCAGAAGAGACGGCAAAGCGACCGGUAUUUCCAUGGCUCUUCUCAACGGGGAAAUGGCAUCCAUGAAAGGGAUCGCGGGGAAAAGAGCAACUUCACAGAACGUAGUCGAAGAAAUGGUGGUGACGAUAACGGAUUGGAGGGUUCCAGGAAACGGAAACGUGCGGAAACCAAACAAGACGAUGAUGGAGGUGAGGAAGACACACCCGAAAGGCUCGGCGUCAUCCCGGGUAUUACCCUCGAUGACAUGGGCGGGCUUGCAAGAGAAAUUCCAAUAAUUAAAGAACUAAUUGAAUUGCCCAUCCGCUCUCCCCAUUUAUUCAGCCGCUUAGGCGCCGAUCCGCCCUGCGGUGUGCUGCUCCAUGGACCACCGGGGUGCGGGAAAACGAAGCUUGUGCAUGCCAUUUCAGGGUCCCUGCAAGUCCCACUCUUUUUCGUGUCCGCUCCCGAAAUUGUCUCUGGCAUCAGCGGUGAUAGCGAGGCCAAACUGCGUAACCUUUUUCUAGAUGCCAUAAGCGCGGCUCCAAGCAUUGUAUUCAUUGAUGAGGUUGACACCAUUGCAGGUCGUCGCGAUCAAGCGCAGCGGGGUAUGGAAAGCCGCAUCGUCGGACAACUUCUGACAUGCAUGGAUCAGGUUGCCCAGGCGUGGCGGCAACAUAACAAAGUUGUUUGUGUAAUGGGGGCUACGAAUCGUCCAGAGGCACUUGAUACCGCCUUGCGCCGUGCGGGACGUUUCGAUCGUGAAAUCUCUCUUGGCAUCCCCACCAUCGACGAACGGCACAGUAUCUUAAAAAUAAUUUGUCAGAAGCUUCAUUUGGCAGAGGACGUGGACUUUUUCGAACUGGCGAACAUGACACCCGGUUACGUUGGUGCAGAUCUUCACCUGCUGGUCAAAGAGGCAUGCAUUCUUGCAAUCCGGCAGAAGCACAACGAACUGGAGGAAAAGAAUAAACUGGACGAUCCCAACGCCGAGGAACUCGUGUCUUUUGUCGUGACACGUGACAAUAUGAAGGAGGCCGUCAAGCGCGUGCAGCCAAGCGCAAUGAGGGAGGGCUUCACGACGAUCCCCAACGUAACAUGGGAUGAUAUUGGUGCUCUUGAGGAUGUUCGCGAAGAGCUUAUCACCAGCAUUCUCCAGCCAAUUCGGUCGCCAAAGCUUCACCGACGGUUUGGGUUGGAUCAUCCAGUUGGUGUGCUGCUCUACGGCCCGCCAGGUUGUGGCAAAACACUGGUGGCAAAGGCUAUAGCCAACCAGUCAGGCGCCAAUUUUAUAUCCAUUAAAGGACCUGAGUUGCUGAAUAAAUUUGUUGGUGAGAGUGAGCGGAGUGUGCGCAUGGUUUUUGCUCGUGGUCGUGCAAGUGCUCCUUGUGUUCUCUUCUUUGAUGAGCUGGAUGCCCUCGCUCCACGGCGCGGCUCCGAUCGGGCAAACCCAAGCAGUGAGCGCGUUGUAAACCAGUUGCUGACAGAAAUGGAUGGUGUGGAGGGACGUGAAAGUGUGUAUGUCAUUGGGGCUACUAACCGUCCAGAUAUGAUUGAUCCGGCUAUGCUUCGUCCUGGGCGCCUGGACAAAAUGCUGUAUGUUCCACUUCCCUCCGUGGAGCAGCGUGCCUCUAUUCUAGAAACACAUGCACGCCGUUAUCCAAUUGACGCGUCGGUGGAUCUCCCGAGUAUUGCCCGCGAUGAGCGCCUCCAGGGGUUUAGUGGUGCCGACUUGGCCGCACUUAUGCGGGAGGCCUCCUUGCAUGCGCUAAAGAAUAUCUACCGUGGCGCCACCGAGGAGAUGCUGGAGCAAAUGGAACGAGACGCCAGUGGUGAGGCAGUGGCGAAUGCGCAGCUGCCCUCCGUUACCAUGGAGGACUUCGAAGUCAGCAUGUCUAAAGUCAAGCCAUCUGUUUCAGCAAAGGACAGAAUGGAUUAUGAAAUACUGCACAAGCAGCUGGCCCGAGAUGCGAAGGGCCCUUGCUGA